AUGUCCACCACACCGCGCAUCCGCGUUGUCGUCCAACUCCCCUAUGACAGGCCAGAGAACCCUCUACAAGACCCUCCCCAUAUAGAAUGGAACGCCGAAAAGGCUAACAUUCUCUGGGAAGUAAUCGCGCUUUCUCGGACGAGUGAUAACGGCGGGACCGACUGGAAGGGCCUUGCAGCACACCUUGAAGUACCACUGCCGUACCUCCUGUAUCGUGCCCAGGCCCGUUACGAGGAGGACCUUCGCGGUCUCAAGGACAUCCCUGGAGUUCUUUCGCAUCCAACCUCUCAGCAACCUACAAGUGGAGUGCCAUCCUCUUCACGUCGCCCUUCGUCGUCAGCGGGCGCAUUACCUCAUUUAGAUCGGGGCCAGUCACUCUCUAUCCGCAUACCCACCAGAAAGAUAAGUGGUGGCGCAGCCAGCGCGCGGACGCUUACAGGGUCUGCGAUGUCCGCUACCCCACUUGGUGUUCGUUUGCGAUUGAACUCGCUUACGCACAAGUCCCCAUCCAAGACCCGAUUUCCGCAUGCGCAACGGCAGGGGCAAGCCAGGAUUUCUUCUCCUACGGCUACUCUCCAGGAAAUUGUUUUAAGGCGUUCUACUGCGUCGCUCCGAUCUCCAUCUCCAUUUUCCGAAGGGGAACCUAGCGACUCCAGUGAUACUUCCGAGGUAAUGGGGAGGAAGGAGGAAGAAGAAGAAAGAAACGCGGAGGAGAGGGAAGCGUUGGAUAAGAAGCUAGCACAACUGCAAAAAAUGAUGACGACUGAGAUGGUUGGACUAGUGCGAAAUCCUCCUUCCCAGAACAAAGGCAAGGAGAAAGAGGCCAUACGGGGUCGAACACCUUUUCCAAUGCCGAUUAUUAGCACUACUACCGCUGGCUUGUCUGGGGUCAUUGCAACAGGUUCCCCAGCCAAACCACGGUUUAGUGAGGACAUUGGCUUUGGUUUUAGACAAGAAGGAAUGGGCUUUGCACCUAGAAAUAGGGACCAUAGUGCGAGUGUUUCGAGUGUUUCCUCCCCACAGGGAUCAGUACCAUCCAUUCCAUCACCUACGUCCCCGCCCUCACCUGGACCCGUGAUAAUUCCCUCUCCUCCAGUCAUCUCUGCGCAAAACGCAAGAGGCCAUGCACAUCUGCGUACCAUUGGGCAAGGAACAGGCCCUCUGUAUGGCGCAGCAGUUGUCAGUGAAGGGGAAAGCACACAAGGGAGUACAGCGAGUAGCUUCAGCGAUCUGAGUGGUAAGAUGCCAGCGUUUCAGCCGUCUGCACUGGAGAGUGCACUUAUGUCUAAUUUUCGUACAGGAGGGUCAAAGAUGUCGACCAUUGCGAGGAGCAGAUUAGGUGGAAGAGGUACGCGCCAGUGA